GUUCAAUAUAUCAAAGUAGACCAUGACUCUGCCAUUUAUGCAGGAUGCUUUUUUUCUGUGAUGCAGUGCAAUGAUGCCUCCCUCGAGUUGCCGGUCGACUCACGAGAAGCAUCAGCGAACGGCAAGUCCACUGCCUGCUUGGCACCAACAGAGAAUGGCAUGGCAGCUGAUGCCAACUUGGACGAAACCUUGAAUGAGGAGGCCAUUGAGAUGCCCUGGACACAGUGCAAUGAUGCCUCCCUCGAGUUGUUGGUCGACUCACGAGAAGCAUCAGCAAACGGCAAGUCCACUGCCUGCUUGGCACCAACAGAGAAUGACAUGGCAGCUGAUGCCAACUUGGACGAAACCUUGAAUGAGGAGGCCAUUGAGAUGCCCUGGACAAAGUGCAAUGAUGCCUCCCUCGAGUUGCCGGUCGACUCACGAGAAGCAUCAGCAAACGGCAAGUCCACUGCCUGCUUGUCACCAACAAAGAAUGACAUGGCAGCUGAUGCCAACUUGGAGGAAACUAUGAAUGAGGAGGCCAUUGAGAUGCCCUGGACACAGUGCAAUGAUGCCUCCUUCGAGUUGCCGGUCGACUCACGAGAAGCAUCAGCAAACGGCAAGUCCACUGCCUGCUUGGCACCAACAAAGAAUGACAUGGCAGCUGAUGCCAACUUGGAGGAAACUAUGAAUGAGGAGGCCAUUGAGAUGCCCUGGACACAGUGCAAUGAUGCCUCCCUCGAGUUGCCGGUCGACUCACGAGAAGCAUCAGCAAACGGCAAGUCCACUGCCUGCUUGGCACCAACAAAGAAUGACAUGGCAGCUGAUGCCAACUUGGAGGAAACUAUGAAUGAGGAGGCCAUUGAGAUGCCCUGGACACAGCAAUCCCGGGCCGGGCCGGGCCCGGGAUUGGGUCAUCGUACGUCGGGCCGGGCAAGGCGGGCUCGCAUCGCUUUGCCGUCGGGCUCAGGCGGGCCUUUGACCAAUUCAGCGGGCCCGGGGUGCACAGGUCAAGGAAAGGCUGUCAGCGGAGCACACAAACGGAAGCGGCCUUCACAGACAUCUCCAAUCUCCGGCCGCCUUCAGGCAAAGCAGGUACAGCAAGAACAGGUGCAGAGGAGCUCUUCUCCACCACCAGAUGCAGCUGGAGGCAAGCCGCGACCUCGGUGGUCGGGUUCUUCAGGAGCUCGAUCCCGCAACCGCGGCAUGCAGGAUGCAGCCAUGCGGAGCGUUCGCUCUUCUACACGCCGUCACACAGCCAAUGUGUCCUUUGUGCAACAAUCGGCCGACGAUGGGGGCAACACUGGUCCUCCAAUAAGCAUCCUCAAGAGGCGCGCACCAGCUGAAGAUGGCUCACCACAAGGAUCCCCACAUAGAGCCAAGCAAUCCCGGGCCGGGCCGGGCCCGGGAUUGGACCAUCGUACGUCGGGCCGGGCAGGGCGGGCUCGCAUCCCUUUGCCGUCGGGCUCGGGCGGGCCUUUGACCAAUUCAGCGGGCCCGGGGUGCACAGCUCAAGGAAAGGAGUUCAGCGGAGCACACAAGCGCAAGCGGCCUUCACAGACAUCUCCAAUCUCCGGCCACCUUCAGGCAAAGCAGGUACAGCAAGAACAGGUGCAGAGGAGCUCUUCUCCACCACCAGAUGCAGCUGGAGGCAAGCCGCGACCUCGGUGGUCGGGUUCUUCAGGAGCUCGAUCCCGCAACCGCGGCAUGCCGGAUGCAGCCAUGCGGAGCGUUCGCUCUUCUACACGCCGUCACACAGCCAAUGUGUCCUUUGUGCAACAAUCGGCCGACGAUGGGGGCAACACUGGUCCUCCAAUAAGCAUCCUCAAGAGGCGCGCACCAGCUGAAGAUGGCUCACCACAAGGAUCCCCACAUAGAGCCAAG